CUCGCUGCUGUGUGAAGGUCCGUGACCUGCGAACGGAGCUUUCUCAGGAGGAGCUGGCUCUGUCCUGUGGGGUUCAGCAUGUAUGUGCCACGCUGUGUGAGAUACCCAGGAACCGAAGGUGAACAGGGAAGACUGGCCUCUCUUCCUCUAAAGAAGCAGUUGCCUCUGUGAUUAAUUCCCAAUGUAGUUUUGGUAGAGACUUGUUGUUGGAAUUGUUGAAGAUGUCGUCAGGCCUUACUGAGGAGCAGAAGAGGAGGAUAGAGGAGAACCGGCGGCUGGCUUUGGCCAGGAGGGCAGAGAGGUUGGCAGCCCAGGGCACUGGGCACGGGGGCAUCGCUGCAGCUCCGCACACCGGGCACGGGCUGGGCAAGCCGGGCGGCUCCAAGGAGGAAAACAAUCAUGUCGGGUUCACCAGCCAGCCCCCACUCAAUCCAAACACACCUGUGGAGCAGAGGAGCUGUCUCCAGAAAGGCUAUAACCAUUACACAGCCAAGCAACAGAUGGCUGGCUCACACAGAGAGCAGCAGAAGAGUUGUUCAGAGGACUCGGAGCAAGCAAGUGGCCUAAAGCAGUUCCCUGCGAUGAUCCCGAAUUCUCUGAGUUAUUCCCAUAAACAUUUCUUGGAUGCUGGUAGUCAGGAAGAUGGACAGCACACUUCUGUUAAUCAUGGAACAUUCCAGCAGCCCAAAUGCAACCCAGCAUUCAAAAACCCCACAGGACCAGCUCAUCCAAGAUUCACUGAUAAUAGGCACCCUGAGGGUAGUAAAGAUUUACAAACUCAGGACAAAUCUGCCAUUAACUAUGUUUCGCCACCAGUCUGUGUUCUCGUGAGCGAUUCAGAAAUGCUGGCAAAUAUAAACAUACCUACAGAAAGAACAGGGGGAGGUUUUGUCUCUCAGGCCAGUGAUGGGAUGCAGAAGCUGGCCACCUCUGCUGGUGUAGGCUCUGCCUUUGAAGCUGCCUCUCACAAGAAAGCAAAUGUUAUAAAAGCUAGUAAAGAUUUACAAACUUGGGACAAAUCUGCCAUUAACUAUGUUUCGCCACCAGUCUGUGUUCUCGUGAGCGAUUCAGAAAUGCUGGCAAAUAUAAACAUACCUACAGAAAGAACAGGGGGAGGUUUUGUCUCUCAGGCCAGUGGUGGGAUGCAGAAGCUGGCCACCUCUGCUGGUGUGGGCUCUGCCUUUGAAGCUGCCUCUCACAAGAAAGCAAAUAAUGUUACAAAAGGAAAAUGUGUGAAAUAUGGGGAAGACCGAUUCCAAGUUGAAAUAGGGUACAAUGCUGAACUUAUUGCUGUGUUUAAGAAGGUUCCAAGCAAAGCCUAUGAUCCUGCUAUGAAAAAAUGGAAUUUCAGCAUGGAAGAUUACAGCAGUGUCUUGGAAGCAGCCAAUCAACUUUCAUCAGUAAUUCUGGCACCACUGGAAGGAGAAAGUGUGGUUGGCCUGGCAUCAGGCUCUCAUUUUGUUGGCAGCAGGGUUGAUGUGAAAUCCCUCUUGAAGAUGUGUAAGAGCUGGAAGAAGCCCUCAGCCCUGGUCAAAGGGAAGUGUGUGCUCAUCUCCCGCCUGCGAUUUGAGGUCGAUGUUGGGUAUUCUGCAGAAGUGAUUGCAGUGUUCAAAAAGAUGGAUUCCAGAAAUUAUGAUAUGAAUACCAGAAAAUGGAAUUUCCUGCUGGAGGAUUACCCCAAACUAAUGCAAGAGUUACUGAGCCUCGUGUCCGUAGAAGUGGAGCCACUGCCUGAAGCAGUAAUUAAGACCUUUGCUGCUCAGCUCCAGAGAUCUCCAUCACUGACAGACAUUCCUGAUGCUGACCUUUCAGGAGUGGACUCCAAAAUUGUGACGAGCCUCAUGCCCUUUCAGCGGGAAGGUGUGAAUUUUGCCAUUUCCAGAAAGGGACGUUUGCUGCUGGCAGAUGACAUGGGCCUGGGCAAGACCAUCCAGGCCAUCUGCAUUGCUGCCUAUUACCAGCAGGAGUGGCCCUUGCUGGUGGUCACUCCUUCUUCUGUGAGGUUUACAUGGGCAGAGGCAUUCCACAGAUGGCUUCCAUCCUUGAGUCCAGGAAGCACCAAUGUCGUAGUGAGUGGGAAAGACAACCUAACAGGAAGCUUGAUCAACAUCAUCAGUUUUGAUCUCCUCAGCAGGAUGGACAAGCAACUUAAGAGCACAUUCCAAGUAGUUAUUGUUGAUGAAUCUCAUUUCCUGAAGAACACAAAAACUGCACGCUGCCAAGCUGCCAUGCCUCUACUCAAGGCUGCCAGGAGGGUGAUCCUGCUCUCGGGAACGCCGGCCAUGUCGCGGCCCGCGGAGCUGUACACGCAGAUCGCCGCCGUGCAGCCCGGCUUCUUCCCGCUCUUCCACUCCUUCGGCCUGCGCUACUGCGACGCCAGGAAGAUGCCAUGGGGUUGGGACUACUCUGGAUCAUCCAACUUAACUGAACUGAAAAUUUUGCUGGAAGAGUCCAUCAUGAUCCGACGUCUGAAGUCAGAUGUGCUUUCCCAGCUUCCAGCAAAGCAACGCAAAAUGGUCGUGGUGGCUCCUGAAGGCAUUAGUGCAAAGACCAAAGCUGCCUUGGCAGCUGAAGCCAAGAAGAUGGCCAAAGGAUAUGAAAGUAAACAACAGGAGAAGGAAGCUCUUCUUGUCUACUUCAGCAGAACAGCAGAAGCCAAAAUCCGCUCAGUCGUAGAGUACAUCCUGGAGUUACUGGAAAGUGGGAAGAAUAAAUUCCUGGUGUUUGCUCAUCACAAGAUAAUGCUGGAUGCAGUAGCUGCAGAGCUGAAGAAGAAACAUGUCGAGCACAUUCGCAUCGACGGCUCCACAUCCUCAGCUGAGCGUCAGACUCUGUGCCAGAAGUUCCAGCUCUCAGAGAAGCAGGCUGUGGCUGUCCUUUCCCUCACUGCUGCAAACAUGGGCCUCACAUUGUCUGCUGCAGAUCUGGUGGUGUUUGCAGAGCUCUUCUGGAACCCAGGGAUUUUGAUCCAAGCAGAAGAUCGGGCACACCGAAUUGGACAGACCAGCUCUGUUAAUGUUCACUACCUGGUGGCUAAAGGCACAGCAGACGACUACUUAUGGCCAAUGAUUCAGGAGAAGAUCAAAGUGCUGGGUGAAGCUGGUCUUUCAGAAACCAAUUUCUCUGAAACAGCUGAGUCAACUAAUUACUGUCCUAAGACAGAUCCAAAGCAGAAGACAAUCUUUGACCUUUUCCAGAAGACCUUCUCUGAGAGCAGAGAUGAUGCUGAUGAUGUUUUGUUUUUGGAGGCAGCUGAUGCUGGCUGUGAGUUUGACUCUGGCACUGCCCUGCAAGACAGAGAAGCAGAGGCAUGUUCAGUGAGUCCCAAAAAAAAGCGGCGUAUUGAGGAAGUGUAAAUGGUGACAGCUAAAAAUAGCAGCUUAGAGAAUAUUUUUUUAUUAAAAUAGAAAAACCAAAAGCAAUCAUAUAUUAUUUUUUGAAUUUUUGAAAUUUUUGAA